UUUUUUUUCUGUUCGAAUUCUAAUAUCGAAUCACCUGAAAUAUCCUUCGACCGUUUGGAAAGUCGUAUUUCAUAGGCAGAUUAAAAGAGGAUACGAAAACACAGGAGCCGGACUGUUCUUGAUUGGAAGCAAAAGAGAAUCAGCCUCGCAUCUGGUCUUUGUUAGAUUGUUUUGCUCAACUUUCAACUGGAAUGUUCACAACUCUCACGAGGUAUUCUGGUACACUUUCUUUACAGUCUUUCAAGGACAAAGUUCGCCUCCAUCAUCAGAGCGUGUGGGGAGCUUGUAAUUUGUGGAAGAUGGAAAGAACACAUGAGGAUAGCAGCAAAGGUUUAACCCGUGUUCUCUUUUGUGGGUCUCAAUUUGCUAGUUCUCAUAAUUAUACUAAAGAAUACUUGCAGAAGUAUCCGUUCAUUCAGGUUGAUGUCGUUCCAAUGGUGGAUGUACCUAAAGUUAUAACCAACUACCACAUGUGUAUUCCUAAAAUGAUGAAAUUUGAUUUUGAUUUGAUAUCUCGCGCAAGCCAGAUGAAACUCAUAGUGCAGUACGGCGUUGGCCUUGAAGGUGUGGACAUUGAUGCUGCCACAAAGUUUGGAAUCAAAGUUGCCAGGAUACCGAGUGGGGUAACUGGAAAUGCAAUGUCAUGCGCAGAAAUGGCUAUAUACCUGAUUUUAGGGCUUCUUCGGAGGCAGAAAGAGAUGCAGAUUGCAAUUGACCAAAGAAGGCUUGGAGAGCCAACUGGGGAUACACUCCUUGGAAAAACAGUUUUCAUCAUGGGCUUCGGGAACAUUGGUCUGGAAUUGGCAAAGCGCUUGCGCCCAUUUGGUGUAAGAAUUAUUGCUACAAAACGAAAAUGGGCGCAAAAUUCUAGCCAGUUGAAUGGUGCAAGUGAUGAUCUUGUUGAUGAGAAAGGUGCUCACGAGGAUAUUCACAAGUUUGCGAGCAUUGCAGACAUCGUUGUUUGUUGCUUGUGUCUUAAUAGAGAAACUGUCGGCAUCGUGAACGAGUCGUUCUUAUCUUCCAUGAAAAAGGGUUCACUUUUGGUGAAUGUUGCUAGAGGUGGUCUCCUGAAUUACCAGUCCACUUUACAUUCCCUUGAGUCUGGUCACUUAGGAGGCUUGGGCAUUGAUGUUGCUUGGACUGAGCCAUUUGACCCCAAUGAUCCCAUUUUGAAGUUCAAUAAUGUGCUCAUCACUCCUCAUGUUGCUGGAGUUACCGAACACUCUUAUCGGUCCAUGGCUAAGGUUAUAGGAGAUGUUGCCCUUCAACUUCAUGCUGAAUCUCCCUUGACAGGGAUAGAGUUUGCCAAUUAAUCCGUUCGACCUGGACAGCCAGUUUAGAAUAAAAAAAAACGCUCGUCCCUCAGAAUUAUUGUCUUCUAAUUACAAAACUAAUAAAAUGAUCUGAAACUCUAUUCCCAUUAAGUUAUCAAAUAUGUUGUUUAUGUACA